GGAGAACAAGAUCAGAGAGAAGAGAGAGAACCAAGAAGAAGAAGAAGAAGAAGAAGAAGCCAUAGAAGAAGGUUCUAGAAGAAGGGUGAUGACGAUGGACAGAGAGAAGGAGAGAGAGAUAGAGCUAGAGAGUGCAAUGUACACGAACUGCUUGUUGUUGGGUCUGGAUCCGGCGAUUAUCGGAGUUGGAGCAUCCAGUUCAUCCCCUCGGGUCGGACUCUUCCGCCAUUCAAACCCUAAAUUGGGGGAACAGCUUCUUUACUUCAUCCUCUCCUCCCUCCGUGGCCCAAUUCAAUCCGCUAAAGAUUUUGAUAAGGUUUGGCCUAUUUUUGAUUCCGCGCAAUCGCGUGAUUUUCGCAAGGUUGUGCAAGGGAUUAUCAGUGAGCUUGAGUCGCAGGGCGCGCUUCCUCGGAGCAAUUCUAGAGUUUCUUCGCUUGCUACUUGUUGUGGACCUAGGUUUGUUGAGCUUCUAUGGCAACUUUCUUUGCAUGCUUUACGAGAGGUUCAUAGGCGGACAUUUUCAGAUGAUAUAUCUUCCAACCCAUUGCCUGCACCAUUGACUGAUGUAGCAUUUUCACAUGCAGCUACUCUUCUUCCAGUUACAAAGGCAAGAAUAGCCCUUGAAAGAAGAAAGUUUCUUAAGAAUGCUGAAAUGGCUGUACAACGUCAGGCUAUGUGGUCAAAUUUGGCUCAUGAAAUGACUGCUGAAUUUCGUGGCUUAUGUGCUGAAGAGGCUUAUUUGCAACAAGAGCUGGAAAAACUGCAUGACUUGAGGAAUAAGGUGAAGUUGGAAGGAGAACUCUGGGAUGAUCUUGUAUCCAGUUCAAGUCAGAAUUCCCAUUUGGUUUCAAAAGCUACUCGUCUAUGGGAGUCUUUGUUAGCUCGUAAAAGUCAACAUGAAGUUCUUGCCUCAGGCCCUAUUGAGGACUUGAUAGCUCACCGGGAGCAUAGGUAUCGAAUUUCUGGUUCAUCUUUGCUUGCAGCAAUGGACCAGAGUUCUCAGGCUCCUUAUUCAGAUGUUCUAUCUGGUCAGCCUGGUGAUUUUUCUGCAGUGCACAUGGAUAACAAAGAAGAAAGUGAUGGAUCUCAUUUUAGCAAUGAGAUAUUGACAAGAGCAGAAGACAGGAAUGGAAGAGCCCAUCAAACUGUUGAUGUAGCAGAGGUUAUACGUCGAUGGACGCAUGCAUUGCAACGUAUUCACAAACAAUCUCUUCUUUUGGCAAAAGCAAAUGAUGGAGAGGGUCCAGAUAUAUUGCGGAGUGCACAAGAAGGUGGUUCAAGUGGCCAUGCCGAGUCCUUAGCUGCAACCCUUGCAGAGCAUCAGCAACACUUGGCUAGCUUUCAGGUGCUUAUUAACCAACUCAAGGAUGUUGCUCCCACAAUACAGAAGUCAAUAUCAGAGUGUACCGAGAAGGUAAACUGCAUAGCCUCCAGUCUACCUCAAAUGAACAGGCAUCAUGGUCGGUCAACGUCACCUAUUCAAGCACAUAAUAGUGGGAGGAUGGACAGUAGCAGUGAUGAUGUUGUUGAGGUGACUUCAAGACUAUCCAAUGUUCAGCUUGACAAGGUUUCAGUUAGUCCUCCUACUUUAAAGCUUCCUCAAUUAUUUAGCUUGACCCCGUCUUCUGGAAAAGCUGGAAAUAUGCAAAGGCGGCAUGCUAAUGCUCCUCAACCCAGUCAAACAGAGAAUCAAUCUGAUAGCAAAUCUUUGGAUCCUCCUUCAAGUAAUCAAGUAGCUAGUUCUGGAGAAGAUAGUGACAGUUACUACAUCCAGAAUUUGAAGAGGUCGGUAAGAGAAGCGGCAUUGUCUUUGCGGUCAUGCAAUUCAGAAUCUUCGCGAGAUAGUCAUUCGGAUGGAAGUUCUGAGCACUUCUUUGUUCCUCUUUCAGAAUCUGGUUUUUCUCACUUAGAUGCAGAAAAGAGGGCGGCUUCAUUGAGAAGCAAAAGGUUAUUUGGAACUCAAAUUGAAGAUUCCUUGCUUGAGAAUCAUGUAUCUGACGGUCAUGGGGAGAGAAAGUUUGAUGAAUUUCCAGAUAUGUUUAAUGAUUUGGAAAGGCUCUCUUCUGAUUAUGACCAUGUAAAUAGUUUCCUUUCUACUGGUUCAAAUACAACUUCUGAUGCACAACGGUCAGUUCUUGACUUUGAGGAUGCUCAGGAUCAAGUCUUAUCUCCCCCUCUGCUAAUGGACUCAUCACUUUUAGCAGAUUCAUUUGAAGACUUGUUGGCUCCCCUGUCUGAGAAUGAAACAGCAUUGAUGGACCAUUAAGACUUUUUUGUGCAGCCGCCAAAAUUUAACUGAGGACAUCAAAUGAUUGCCUGUGUGGAUUUGCUAUUCUUUUGUUGGGAUAUUUGUCCCCCCACCUUUUAUAACACGAUGAUUGUAUGAUUUCUGUUCUUAUUUGAAUGUUUGCUAUAUCUUAUUCUCUUUGCCCUAUGAUGCCCUACUGCUAGGAGAGAACAGUAUUUACCUACCCGUGUUCUUCAUCUUGAAUGAUUUUCUUUGAGAUGAAAAUGCUAAAAUCAGGAAGUGCAAGCUGGGUUUUGAAGGGUGAAGAUGUCUUUAACCAAAUGAAUGCAGUGUGGACUCAAAUUUUCCUUGAAGUUUUCAUCACCCCUACAAGAGUAAACUGGCAUACCAGCGAGGCCUGUUGAAAAAAGGAAAAGAAAUUGUGGAUAUGGUAAAUGUAUUCUGGGUUUUCUACCACAACUCUAUCCCUCUGGUGUGCCAUUUUAGUAGAAUCGGUUUAAGCAUUCGGCAUUCGGCAGUUGUGUAUCUCAUGAUUUAGGCCUUGUAUCUCAUAUGAUCAGGAAUGAAAAUUUUACGCUAUUUCUACUGUUCUGUAUAUGAUUGCAUUGUCUCUUUGCUUCCUCUUCUAUUUUUUUUAAUUAUGGAUUGUAUUUUUUAAUACUUAACAUGACUAAGUAGUGGAAUAUGAUUCCUUCCCCCGGCUUCAAUUUUUUGUC